CUGCAGUUGCGUUUUAGUGCACAGUUCCACUGUAGGUACCGGCAACCAUGGAUCUGCUUCCUCUGCAGUUUGCCGCGCCUAGUGUGAUUCCUUCAACUGACCUCACGCGUCCGGUACCGUCAGUCACACUAACAGCGCAUGGCAGUAUCAGCAGAAUAAAGGUAACAGAGGCGGCACUACAGAAAGAUGUUUGCGACGACCACGUCGAGGUUGAAGUCCAUUACUGCGGCCUAAACCUCACGGACCACUACUUGCGCUUGGGUAUAAUAAGGAACAGACUGUUCCCGGUUAUCAUGGGCAGCGAAUGUUCCGGCAUCGUGACACGUGUGGGCAGUGCAGUCACCGAUCUGCAGGAGGGCCAGAAGGUGCUGUGUCUGCAAAUGCAAGGUGGUCUGUUUAGGCAUGUUGUCCACGUCGAACGCAAGUACUGCUUUCCGCUGCCGGAAGAUAUUAGCCUAAAAGAUGCCGUCAGUCUUGGUCUAAACUUCGUUGUGGCCCACUUCUGCCUGUAUAAAUUCGGAUGCCUUGCGAAGGCGGAAAAAGUAUUUAUGCAGUCGGUCGCAGGUGGUGUCGGCACGGCACUCAUCCAGCUUGCUCAGACCGUGGACGAUGUGGAAGUUGUAGGGACAGCUUCAGAAUCAAAGCACGAAAAGCUCCGUUCUCUUGGCGUGAAGCGGGUAUUUCGUCAUGACGACUAUGAAACCGAAAUACUGCAGAAUUACCCUGAAGGUGUUGAUAUCGUGGUAAACACCAAUGGUGGAAGCGAUCUUGAGAAGUGCCUAAAAAUUCUCCGACCUGUCGGGAAGUUGGUACUACUAGGGUCGAACAGCACAGCUACAUACUCAAAAUACACAUCAUGGGGGUUAAUGCGACCUAAAUGGGAUGGCGGAUCGGUGUCCUCUGCGGAUGUAGUUAGUAAAAACUACUGCAUAGCAGGAGUGAACAUUGGCAUGUGGUUAGACCUUCAUCCGGAGGCAGUGCAGCGAUCUCUAAAUGAAAUAUUUAAGCUGUAUUCCAGUGGCAAAAUACAGCCCUGUAUUCAUGUUGUUCUGCCCUUCGAAGAUGUGGCUGAAGGCAUGACGCAAUUAUGCAGACGUGAGAACUUGGGAAAAGUGAUUCUGGAGGUCAAGCAGAAGACAGCUGAGACACCAGCUGUGGAAGUUGAAACUGCGGUAGAGCCACAGCCAGGAGCAGUGGAGGAGGCAAAAGCUGACCCAGAAGUUCAGAAGGAAGACUCCGCGCCUCCUGCGGAACCAACGGUGGUCGAACCCACUCACGUGGAACAAGCAGAAGAGACUGCCGCAGAGGAUACGACUGAUGUCAGCGCGCCUUGAUAAGGCGCUGCUGGGAAUUUCAGGCUAUAUGGUGCCGUCAGUACAAAUACUUCAGCUAAAAUUUUAUGGUUUUAAUGGCUCUUCGUAAAACGUUCGACAGCAGCAAUUGCAUAUUAUCCGGUGCUGUAAAUUUAUAAAGCCAAAUAGCAUUUUUAAUGAAGUUAAAUAAUAAACAAAAAUUAAGCUGCGAGUCACUCAAUGUGUGAAACACCCCACCGCACAAACCUCGUGUACUGAACAUGACGUACAGAUCUGUACCGGUUCUCCGAAGGUAACAUGUCAAACUUUAGGCACAGUAAUUUUAACCUGUAAAGCUAGACCAGUGUGUAAACGCAGCCAAGUUACCUUGAGUGUGCAAAACAGGUAAAUGGAUGACACCAUCCGAGUGCUGGGUACUUCAUAAUUUUCAGAUAUUGUUCGUGGUGACAGAACCAUGUAAAUUAACCUACUUUCCUUUGUCCAACUACAUCCAUUUCCGUGUCUGUUCUCCAUCUUGCAGACAUUUUUUCUGAGAUACCGCAAGAUUUUUUCAGAUGACUUUCUUGGACGUUACGUUGCACAUAACGUUGCUUUAAAAAAAAGUUAGUCUUAAAAAUCAAGGAGAAUGCUUUACGACUUGCCAUAGCAUCCUUUAGCUUUUCCGGUAGAAUGAUAAAGGGGUGUCAAAGCAUAUGAGAUUACAGCACCAUUUUGGCAAUUAGACUAACGACAAGAAAGUAAUAUUCUGCUACGUAAUUACUCAGAAUUUCAGUCAGAGCAGCAUAUUUCUUAGCCCAUUUUAGUGGCACUUACUUCCUGGUAGAUUCAUUAAACAAUCUGAGGACAAUCUGAGAAUCUUAGAUAAUAUGAUUACUUUUAACCGAAAAAUAUUUACCGUUACUGCUUAAAACAACUUCGUUUUCGUACCUCAAAUUCUCAAUUUUCACCUUUACUUAUGUAAACAAAUCCUCAAGCUGAGAGGUAUUAAGCCUCUUGCGUUAUUCGUGUUCAUAAAGUAGUAUCAGUAAUGCUGUCUCACUUUUUCUUAGUGUCAGACAUUUGAACUGAAGGCUCUCGGUCGUAUCAUGUUCUUGAGCAUCUUCCUUCAUCUGUUGUAUGUUACUCGUCUAAUCAUUUAACAUUCCAGUUAACGCCCUACCUCUUACUCAUUCCUUCCACUUUCCCUAGAUAGAUAAGAAAUAUCGAGCAUCUACCUUGAUUCAAAUGUUGCAGAGUCACUGGCAUUAUGAAAUUCGUACAAUGAAGUUUGCCCGAUGCGGGAGUACAAAGCAUUCAGGUUUAUUUCCGCUUAAUUUCACUAGAAAUAAAGGGAAAACAAGACCUCUGGAGUUCAAAAGCAAGACUACAUAACGUGUAGCAACGGAGUGUAGUGGCCACAGGAGGUUUGGCCUUCAAUUAGCGUCGUGACGCUCUUUGUGAGCAGAAAGAUAGAGGUCGGAAGACAGUCAAAAACGUCUCGGCUAGAUCAGUUGACGGCUGAAGUGUCUUUGAAUAUGUAACACGUCAUUUUAUUCUCUUUCGCUAGGCAGUCUUGCACAUAAAUGUUAGCAUGCCGUACAUCUCCUUUACAUUUUAAUGACACUGGUUUUGGAAGGGAUACACAGUACAACGUGCCCGACCAAAUUCAUUUUGAUAUGUUUCAGAUUAUUUUGUUCUUCACGUUCAUCAUUCGUUACUGUCUACCUAUCCAGUUUUUUUACAUCCUUGAAAUUAUUUUGAGCCAUAAGGAACUACACAGAACACGCUGACUACCGCGUUGCCAGAGCAAAGCCCCACACCCAAAGCACAUCUUUAACUUUCUUACUAAUACUUUGCACAUGAUAAACCUCAUAUGUCCGUUCUGAAGGCUUCGUUUCCCUCUCCGUAUCAUUUUUGCAGGAAAUCUUCAAUCUGCGAUAUGUUUGCGAAAUAAGUGGUAUCCUUUUCAAAUUUAUAUGCAUCUACGGUUAACCUUAUUGGGUUGUCUCAAAUAUGCAUUAAAAAUAUUUUCAUGUUCCAUGAAGAUAAGACGGCUUAUCUGCAUAUGCAAUACUCCACGCCAACAUUUGUUUCGCUCUUAUUGUUUGAGCCACAAGUCCCUCCUGUAAGGCAUUAAGAAAAUGGAGUAUUGUACCAACCUUGUAUCUGGAGUCAGCAUUCGGUUAUUGGUUGCAGUUCCACUAAUAAGCCGUCAUCACCACAGGACUUCCGUAUCCGUCCAGGCUGCGGUGAGUAUCGGCAGCGAAACCAACGAACAGUAAAUGCGAGGUGUCCUGCACCGGCCGUCGCAUGUGACGCGCCAACUGCCCCCACAGCCACUAACCCGGAUCUCAACAAAUGUCUGCAGUAACCGUGCAUCGAUACAGGUGAUCUCGUAGCUGGUUACAAAGGGGUGGGGUGGAACAGGUUUGUCUUGGAGCGCUGUGCGGAUACGUGGUAGCGGAUCGGUGCUGCUGCAAAGGAAGUCUGAUACUUUGAUAUCAGGUGACCUAGCUGCACUUUGACAAGUCUCAAGCACAAUUCUCCACUAGAAUAAUCAACCAUUCUUAACGUGGAAACUUCGUUACAAAGAUACACCUCACCGCUUUUGAAUUUCCUUUUCAUUUCCGUUAAUGUAUAGUAAUAUUUAAUAUGCUUGUAUGACUAAAUAGGUCUGAUAAAGUAGUACUGCCUUGACAUCAGUGGACAGAGGCAACUGUCAAUGAAAAUACAAAAGGGUAUCUCUAAAAGCUGCUUCCGUUUCCCCAAAAUGAAUGUGUUCAACAGAAACUUCCACUGAAGCAACACACGGGUGGUAACGCUUAGAUAACACAAUCACAAUGGCAUUCAUGUAACUAUUUAGUAAGUUAUUCUUGUAUCGACUACAUGGUGGUGUGGCAAUGGACUUGUAUAAAAUUGUUUUAGCUUCUUUAAAGACGUUAAACAUAUUGGACUCUGUACAGUUCGUUUUUUACAAUUUUUUGUACAAAGUGAUUUAACAGGGAAAUAACGAACCAGCCAUGACAAUAGAGUUUUUUUUAUUCGCAACCACUUUCGGCGGUUCCGCGUGCCAUCUCCCGGCCCCGUAUGCACUACAUUUAUACAUCAGUUUCUGGAAGUCGUGAGGUUGUAUUUAAGGUGCUACCUGUGAAGAAUUGUUUUCAGGUCUUCCAAGGAAGCAUUUGAAAUAUGAAGUCACGGUUGCUAGAAACUGGUGCAUAAAUGAGGUGCAUAUGCGACAUGAAAAUGGCACACUGUAUUUCCGAAACUGGUUGUGAUAAAAAAUAACUUUUCAAACUGCUCUCCUGUUUGGCGUUUUUCCUUGUUAAAUUACUUGACAAAUUGCUGUGCUGCGUCCACAAUGGAUAAGCAUAGAUCUUGUAAAUUGAUGACUACAAAAGAUUACCUUUUUGCGUAUGGA